UCUUGCAGCAGACGCGGCGCGCCUUCCCCGGACUAGGCCUUUUUCCACUCCCGCAUUCGUCGCAGUCGUCGUGGUCUUCGUGGCGAAGCCGUCCUCCUUCGUGGUGUGUCUUCUCUGCAGUGUUCUCUCCGUACACGGAUUACCACUGACUGCGGGGCGCGUUACGUGCGGGCGGCCGCCGCUGCCGCAACUUCGCCCGCCGUGUGUCGUGCGUGGGUUCCUGUGAUCGUUGCGUAUACGCGCCUCUGUGCCCUCUCUGGAGCGUUUGUGUUUCGGGAGAGGGCAACGAACGAGUGCGUGCGUGCGGGUGUGUGCUUCCCGCCGAGACGUGAGAGGCCAUCAUCCUUCCCUCCCCGCCUCCCUCCUCGCUGCGUAGAAAAAGAAAAGAAGAGGCAGACGAUGCGGAUGUAGGAAUUGGGCGGCGAGCCAGCCAGCCCUUGUGGAUUAUUGAUCACGCCCGGCGCUGCCGCGCUCGUCGGUGGCCGCCAACGGGUCCGGAAAGGUUCGUCUCGCGUGGCGAGCGACGAGAACUCGCGGCCCCCCGGGGCCGGGGGGCCAGAGCCGCCACCCGCCUCCAUCAACUCCCGGACGCAGCAGCCGCAGACCAGGAGCGCCUCCGGCGACAGGCUCAGCGACUGCAGCACGCGGUCCAGUUCCGGACGUGGCUACAUGGGCAGCGACAGCCAGGACCAUAACGCUUGUGAUAGUGAGAGCGACAGCGAAAGGGCGUCCGACGCAGGAUCUGAUCUCUUCUCUGGACCAGCUCACCAUCCGAGGCCCCCGCAGGCGCCGAGCCUCGGCCAGGCGGCGGCCAGCCCGGCGUCCAGUGCGGCGACGACGACCACUACACCCGCCGGCGCAGCGGCUGCGGCGGCGGCACCAACCACUGCCGUGACCACUGCCAGCUGCACGCCGACGACCGCCACCACGACCAACGCUGCAGCCGCACCGCCGUGCGUGCCGCCCAGCGCCCGCUCUAGUCCCCCUCUGGCACGGCGAGCACCGCCGUCGCCCGCAGCAGCCGCGUUGCUGCACAAUGGGCCUUCGUGGCAGCAGCAGCCGGCCGAAACGCAGCAGCAGCAGCUUCCCCAACAGCAGCUUCCCCAACAGCACCUGCAGCAGCCCGCCACUGUCGCCGCGGCGCCCGUGACGCCCGCCGUGACGAGCGCUCCGUCGCCCGUGGUCAGCACGCCGACCACGACCAGUAAUAGUGCCACGUCUUGCGCGCCAGCCUUGGGGCUCAGCUCGAGCAGCACGACCACUGCAACCACCACCACCACCACCUCCAGUAGCAGCAGUGUGAGCGUAAGCGCCGUUAGCAGCGGCAUCCAGCAGCGACCCCGAUUGGCACCGGGCAGCCCCGCGCCUUGCCGAUUGCCGUCGGCCGAGCCGUCGCCACCGCCGGCACCGAGCCUCGUGUCCGAACUGCUGUCGCAGCCGCCCUACCUGCCGCCCGAAGCGCUCAAUGGAAACCAUUCGUCUUCAUCUUCGAGCAUCGGUGGCGGUGCCUCGCUAGUGGGGCCGCGCGAGCACCACCUCUUCAGCAACAGCCGGACGCCGACGACGCCCGCCACGACGCCACCCGUUGGCGCCGCAGCGCACGCCGCCACCGCGGCGGCGGCCUCGGUGGGCGGCGGUGCGGCGCCGCCUCCCCUGCGCAACGGCAGCGCGUUCGCCGGCCACGGCUCGUCGCCGUCGCCGCUACUGGCGAGCCACCUGGUCCACAACCCGGGCACGGCCGGCAGCCGCGAGGGCAGCAGCGGUAGCGUGUCCAAGCCCGUGACGCCCGCGGCCGCUGCACCCGCGCCGGGGCCCCUGUUCCCCUUCUCGCUGGUGCAGCCACCACCGCACAGCCGCGGCUCGCCUCACAGCAGCCGCGGUUCGCCGCAGAGUUCGUUCCUGGCCGCGCUGCCCACGCCGCCGCCGGCCACGGCCGCCCGCCCGGGCCUCGCAGUCACGCCUACGCGCGCCCCGACCCCGACGUCCAGCCUGGGAAGCUCGCAUUCCAACAGCAGCCUGUCUAGCCUCAGCCAGUUGAGUCAGUCGCUGCAGGGCAAGGAGAGCGGCGGCGGCGGUGGCGGCAGCAGCAGUAGCAGCACCGGAAGUGGUCGAGGGGGAUCGCGCAACAACACGCCCUCCUCCCUGGCACCGCCCCUGGGCUCGGCGCAGGACAGGUCGAACCUCCCGCCGGGCAUCUACUCUGGUGCCUCUUCCAACAGCCUCACCAGCCUGGUCUUCUCCAAGCCCUGGGCUGGGUCCGGGCCCGGCUCCUACCCGGGAGUGUCGGUGAGCAGCAACGGCCCUCCAUCGGCACGAAUGGGGACGCCACCCGUGGCGGCACACCGGCCUACGCCCCCACUGCCAGUGAGCAGCAGCGGGCCCUCCCCCUCUUCCUCCUCCGCUGCCGCAGCCUCCUCAGCGGCGGCGGCGGCAGCGGCAGCAGCAGGCCUGGGGUUUCCUCCUCACCCAGGAAUGUUCGCUCCCCCCAUCGCGCCUCCAGGGGCACCCCCACUUGCCUCCACUGCUUUGGGCUUGCCUGCUGGACCCACUGCCUUUGUGCCAGACGCACCUCUGCUGCCAAACCAAGACCUGUUGCGACGAGAGCUGGACACGCGGUUCUUGGCGUCUCAAGACCGGUCAAUAGCGAUUCCGCCGCCACCCUACAUGCGCACCGAACUUCACCAUCACCCUACGCAGCCUGCCCAGCAGCAGCAUCACCCUUUGCACCCAGCACACAGCCCAUUCCUGCCCCCUGCCCUCGCAGGGUCCCUAGUGCCGCAGCCAUCACCUCACCUGUAUGACAAGUUCCAUCCAAAGCUCGACUCCCCAUUUUAUUCAAGAAGUGCCGCAUUGGGGUUGUCCGGUUACACUGGUCUUUCUCCACUUCUCAACCCAAGUAUGGCCACGGGAACCCCAUUCGUAUCACCUGCCCAUCUUGCUGCAUUUCAGCCAAAAAUGAACCCCCUUGUGAAGAACAAGAACAUGAAGUCCGGUCGGUGGUGUGCCAUGCACGUCCGCAUCGCCUGGGAGAUCUACAACCACCAGCAGAAACAGCAGCAGCAGCAGCAACAGCAGCAGUCAUCCUCAGAGCCUGCCUCCCACAAAAGUGGACCCUCCGCUGUUGGGCCUGGGUCGUCAGCGCCGUCCGGCCCCGCUCCCUCCUCAGCCUCUCUGUCUGCCAAGGGUGACCUUCUGCGGGCGCAAAAUCAUCACCUGUACUCGUCUCUGCCAAGGCCGCACGACCUCAGCUCCUUCCCAUCGGCGUUGCUGGGGGCAGCCGGAGCUGGCCACCCAAGGGCACCCUUCGAAGCAUCACCUCAUGGCAAUUUUCUCACACCUAGCCCCGGUCACAUAGCAGCAAGCAUGAGUCGAAUGCCAGUGUCCACAUCGAGCAGUUCCCUCAGCCGGUCAACAGCGUCACGAGUGCUUCCUCCUCCUGGCAUGUCUCCCUUUGCAAGGCCCGGUUUCCCUGGAUUUGUUGGCGCACCCGCUGGAAAUGCUUAUGGCACGCUCGGAGGGCUUGCUGGUUUGUCAGCGAAUUCGGCAGCUGGUCUCUUUGCGAGUCGAGGCGACCUGGGAGCCGGCUGCUUGGGCCAGGACCCAUGGGCGCGCCUGCACCGUGGAGCACCUUUCGGCCCUCUUGGAGGGGGCGCUCCUCCGCCUCAGGCAGGGGGCGGAGGCCAGCCCGGUGCAGGAGGCGGUGCCUGGGGAGGCCUGAAGGCCGAGGCCGACCGCGAGCGUCUAGAGCAGCAGCAGCAUGAAGGGGAGAAGCAACGCAGGCUCGAGGCGGCUGCUGCUGCCGCUGCUGCUGCCGACAAGGAGCGCAAGAAGCGCGAGUUAGAUGCAGCUCUCGAGAAGGCUAAGGAGAUGGAGAGGGAAAUGAAGGCCCAGGAAGAAAGACAACGAGAAAGGGACCGGGAGAACCGGCUACACUUGCACCACAAUCUAUCGGAAGGAAUUCUACGAAAUGGGGACUACAUGGAUGCACGAGCAACGAGUAACAGCCACCACCAACUCAUGCGAGACCGAGAACCUCACUCGCGCCCGACAGAGUGGAGCCUUCGGGAACCCCCAACGCGGUCGCCCGCACGAGCUCCCAAGGUCGAAGGCCCCUACGAACCACCAGCACCUCCCAAGGUCGAAGUGAGGGUAAAAGAAGAGCGGCGCGAGCCCGACGAGCCCGAACGGAAGCGGCCAGCACCUCCACCCGCUGCCGCACCACCCGCCGCAGCACCACCCGUUCCGUCUUCCGAGGACUUCAGGAAUGCCCACUUCCUCAGUCUGGGCGCUGCAGAGAGAGCCGCCUUCUGGAACGCUGCGGCCGCAGCCGCGGCCCCGCCACUGGGUGGCCCCGGUGGAGACCCUUACCGAACACUGCUCGAUUUUCGCCACCCAGCCGCUCGCAGUGAACUCGACCGGGAUCAUUACCGCCUACUCAAUCCCAUGGUCGCCUUCCACGACCGAUUCCGCGACAUCUCGGAGCUGGAUCGACUGGCGCUCGAGCGAGAGCUGCAGAGCAAGCUGGCCGCCCCUCCCCUUCGGCCCACCGACCCAGCAGCCUUCUCUAGCCUCUUCUCACAGCUGGGUCCCCCAAGCCCCUACCUCGGGGGCCUCGCGGGGCUGGCAGCAUCCAGCCGGGCCGGCGCCAAAAAUGGGCCCAACUCGGCCGCACCCCCGGGGUCCCGCCCCGAGGGUGCUGUGCCACCUCCACUUAUCCCUUGUGGCAGUGGAGGGGGCGCAGGGGGACCCAACAGUGGACCACCCCCACACGGACUGUCCUCUCUCAACCACAAGAUGGGCCCACUUGUGGAUCACGGUGCGCACCACGAUAUGGCACUCUAUGCCAAGGAGAGGAGAGAACUGGCUAAUCACAAGGCGGAAGGGCAGCUAAGGUAGUGGUGGCAGGGGGGCUCCUCAAUGGCGGGUGGGGACAUGAAAUAUUGCUUUUCUCCUGUCGGGGCAAGCAGGAACGGGCAAGGUCAGGAGCUGCAGUGCGGGCAGUGGCUGCCUGUAGACGGCAGUGUGUUUCUUCCAAAGCACUUGCAUCUAAACCAGUGAGCUGUCCUAGCGAUCUUACAAGGGAAGAAAGAAAGGUGGAUUAGUCAUAUGAAGAAUGCAUUGAAGACACACAAUUGUGUGCUUUAAUGGGCAACUAUAUAUUUUUUUGACCGAAAGUGGAAAGGUCGCAAUUGUACGUGGAGGAUAGGUGAGAACAGUGACCUUAGCUGCUGGCUUUUUGCCAAGAAUCUCUGAGAAGCCACUACUGAAAUGAACAGGCGUGGCAGCAGCUCUUUUCUGGGACAUAAAUUUGCCUAGAGAAAGCCGCCGGUCUACGUUAGCGUAAACCACCUUUGAAUGGUCCACCUUCGAAACAUUGCGUUAAGUUCGCAUUGUCAUUCUGUACCUUCAGUGCAACAGUGAGCUUGGGGAAAUCGUUUCCAUGAGCCGUUCACGGACAGCUGGGCACCAACUGCUUGUUCACUAGUGAGACCAUUGUCGUGUGCUUUCCAGUCGAAUUCUUUUUCAUGCGCUCUUCCCAAAUCAAACACGCACGAAUGGAGGAUCAUCCGACAGUAUGUGACGGCAAUUCGUACAACGAAUUUAGUGGUACUGUGUAAAGAGUUCGAGGGUAGUGCGAGUCCUUUUCUUAUUUAUUGGUUUAAUAUGCCGACGACCUUGCCCGCCUCCGUGCCUGACCCAUCCUGCCCUCUCCUCCCCCUCCCCCCUGCUACGUCGUGUGAUGGCCGUGGAGAAUGUGCAAAACCAUAGUGAUGUUUCUUCUCUUCCGUCUUUCCUCAUAUUUUUUUUUCCUUAUUUUUUUAAACAUUUAUGAUUGUGCUGCUGAGCGGCGCGUCGAGCUUUCACACGGACUACUUCCAUUUCCCUCUCGCCCCCAUGGCGAAGGGUGCCAGUGUGUCAAGUCAAAAAUGAGAGGAGGAAGAAAAAGUGAAAGAAGAGGAAAGUGUAAAUGUUCUGUGCGCGUGCGUGCGUGUACAUAGGUUUUUAAAAAGAGGGAAAAAAACUGUGUGCAUGCGUGUGUACAUGUGCGUGUCUCGUUUUUGUACCAUAGUUUGCCUACAGUAGUAGAAGAAGCGAGGGGAAAUGUGAGAGUGGAAAAAGACAAAAGGCGCAAGAAUUCUGCAAAUGUGUGUGUGUGUGUGGCUGUGUGUACAUUCUGCGUGUUCAUAAUGUACAUAUAAACAUCGGGGAGUGUGUUUUUUUGUUUGAUUUGUUUGUUUGCCAAGUGUGCGCGUGUGUGUACGUGUAAAUAUCAUGUAAUAACUACUGGGGGUAAAAAAAGAUAAAAAGAGGGAGCUCCCUUUCUCUCGGCCGCAACAGGCUUGCUGUAUACAAACAGGACAUUAUUGAUAUCUUUGUCACCUCAAAGUGGCAGUCUUUUCUUUCUUUCGUCUUUUUUUGUUUCUAACGUGUUGUUGAAAUUUGUGAUAUGCACUCGUAUUGUUGAUACGUGGUGUGUCAUAGUUCUUUUUCUUCUUUCUCAUGCGGAUGGCCGGCAAUGUACACAGAGUAGUAUAUGCCUCAGCAAAUUUGUUUUUGCAAUUUUUUUGCAGAUAUUUAUUAUUUCAUAAUGCGAGUAGUGAGAAUCUGGCAUUGCGAACUGCUGUGUGUGGUGCACACAUCUCCUCACAGUGUAUGCAGUGGCUGUAGCGAAAAUUCUUUUCCAUGCUUUUUCUCAUUUUCGCUCAUGUUCCGAGACUUUUGUUGACAAAAAGUAGUUAAGGAUCUGCUGGAAUGCAUCUGUUACUGUCUCCCCUUCGUGACAUUUUGUCACUUGUGGGAGUGCACAGCUUUUGCCGGUGUACAUAUAUUUAUACUGUUUGAAAAAGGAAACAGGUGGGCAUUUUGUAUCUCUGGUAAUACUUUCUCUCUCUCUGAACAGGAAUAAUGGAGCUUAUUAGUAUCACAAUGUUGCAGAAUGUAUAAUUCGUUAUCUUUAUUUUUCUUUUUUCUAAUUUAAAUCGCAAAAAGGUCAUGCACUGGACCAUCAUUCGCAGACUUGAGGUUAUCAUACCUUGCUGUUUCAUGAGCUCAUGUGAUGGCCAUACUGGAAUUGCAGCCAUUCCGACAUGCAGUGUUCGGCAUGUUUCAGAUUGAGUUGGGCUUCUGUCAGAAUGAAUACAAACUCAAGUUGGCGUGCUCCCCUCGAAAAUAAAAACAUUGCAGAACACAAUGCAACAGCUGGUGAACUACAGCUAUGCUGAUGCAAGAAAAAAUAACCCAACGGGAGGACAACGCAUGCUUUUUAGACCCUUUCCAAAAAUCUAAAGAACCCAUCAUGUCUCGUGUAAGUGGGCCAACUCGCAACGUAUUUAUGAAAAAAUCGUCUAUAUAUAUAUAUUGCAACUACAGAGGGGAGAAAGCGGGGAUGCUGGUGUAGUUGCCUUAUUUUUACUAAAUGCGUCGAAGCUACGCACCAAGAAAUGCUUCUUUUGUGUGUGUGUAUGUAAAUGAAAUGUCUCGCGCUGCUUUCCCUUCCUUCUUCUUUCUUUCUUUUGGUGGUGCACCAAAUCCAAAGUGUUUAAAAAAAAAGUUAGUGUACAGCAAGAAAAUAAAUGACAACAAUGAGGGGGCCAGCCUCCUCUCUGUUGCGAAGAGACUGA